UCCAAAUUCAAACAUUUUCUUCUCCUCUCCUGAAAAAUCCCCAAUCAAAAACCCAAGCACAAAAUCCUGCAUCGCUUUCAUUGCUUGCAAGAUCUCCGCGCUUCCCGGUUGGCUUUCUAAAUUCUCUGAAGAUGGCUACAAUGCAGAGCCUGAUUGGUCUCAUCAACAAAAUCCAAAGAGCCUGCACCGUUCUUGGCGAUCAUGGCGGCGAGGGAAUGUCUCUUUGGGAAGCUCUUCCUUCCGUUGCUGUCGUUGGUGGCCAGAGUUCUGGAAAGUCGUCCGUCUUGGAAAGCGUGGUGGGGAGGGAUUUCCUUCCUCGUGGAUCCGGCAUUGUCACUCGAAGGCCGUUAGUACUGCAGCUUCAUAAGUUGGAUGAUGGGCAGUCUGAAUAUGCAGAGUUUCUUCAUGCGCCAAAAAAGAGGUUUUCUGAGUUCUCUGCCGUGCGUAAGGAGAUCCAAGAUGAAACAGAUCGCAUAACAGGGAAGACAAAACACAUCUCAAACAUUCCGAUUCACUUGAGCAUAUAUUCCCCACAUGUGGUCAACUUAACUCUCAUAGAUCUUCCCGGGUUGACAAAGGUGGCUGUAGAGGGACAACCAGAGAGCAUUGUUGAAGACAUUGAAAACAUGGUUCGGUCUUAUGUUGAGAAGCCUAACAGCAUUAUAUUGGCUAUUUCUCCUGCCAAUCAAGAUAUUGCCACUUCAGACGCCAUAAAACUUGCAAGAGAAGUUGAUCCUUCAGGUGAGAGAACUUUCGGAGUGUUGACAAAACUUGAUCUCAUGGACAAGGGAACAAAUGCACUGGAUGUUCUUGAAGGUAGGUCAUACCGGCUGCAACAUCCCUGGGUUGGGAUCGUGAAUCGUUCCCAAGCUGAUAUCAAUAAGAAUGUUGACAUGAUUGUUGCUCGCCGAAAGGAGUGUGAAUAUUUUGAAACAAGCCCUGAGUAUGGACACUUGGCAAAUAAAAUGGGAUCAGAGUACCUUGCAAAAUUGUUGUCUCAGCAUUUAGAAGUUGUAAUCAGACAGCGUAUACCAAGCAUCAUUGCUUUGAUAAACAAGAGCAUAGAUGAGAUUAAUGCAGAGUUAGAUCGCAUUGGCAGGCCUAUUGCAGUAGAUUCGGGGGCCCAAUUAUACACAAUUUUGGAAUUAUGUCGUGCAUUUGACCGUGUCUUCAAGGAACACUUGGAUGGAGGACGACCAGGUGGAGAUCGGAUCUAUGGAGUUUUUGACAAUCAAUUACCAGCUGCUUUAAAAAAGCUCCCUUUUGAUCGUCAUCUUUCUUUGAAAAAUGUCCAGAAGGUUGUUUCAGAGGCUGACGGUUAGCAGGCACAUUUGAUUGCUCCAGAACAAGGAUAUAGAAGGCUCAUUGAUGGAUCAAUUAGCUAUUUCAAAGGCCCAGCUGAAGCCUCUGUGGAUGCUGUAAUGUUCUUUGUUGCUUUCUAUCAUAACUAGUGACUCUUAUUCUUGUGGUUAUAAUUAUAGGAUGGGAGCUAUUUGUUUGAUUUUUUGUGGA